AUCCUACAUCAUUUCACUAAGAUGUUCUAAUUUAAUAUUUUCCUAACAGAUUCUGAAGAAGGAAUGAAGCAAACAUUACUGAAAAUGAAAAUAGAAAUAAAUGAAAAGUCUAGGUGUGGAAAUAUUUUGAAGGACAUGAACUUGAAUUUAUUUAGAAAGAAGGAAAAAAAAGCAUAUAGGUGGUAUAUUUGCCUGCAUCACCAGCAGCAGUCACCUAUCCCAUCAACGCUUGGAACAAGUACCCCCUACAUAAAGGGGCUUAUAAGUCCCCCUUUCUUGCCUAUCCAAGCAGAUCGGUCUCUAAUCGUCCCUCCAGCAGGGUAAAGUUGGACGUUAUUCACUGUAUCGAGCUCAAGACCAGUGAACCAAUGCUCAGUGCUGUUUACAAGGGACUCCUUUCAAUGGGAUGAAUACGCAAUAUAAUAGGUCUUGUUUUUGUUUGUUACACUGUAUGUAUGUAUACAAUAUUGGUCAGGUCGUCAUCGUCAUAGGGGGUAGAAUAUGAAUGCAGGCUCAUAAACAACUUGGCCAUCCAGUUUGAUCUCAAUUUGUGUUUAAAAGCUGGCUAAUUUAUAGGCUUAUAUUGAGGAUUUUUUUUAUCCUCACCUGCUUGCACAGUUCAUCCACAAGACUAGGAAAUACCAUUUAUGAGAUGAUGAAGUCAUACAGUUUUCUACAGAAAUGGCUGUGAUUAUCAUUUAACCCUCUUAAUCACAAUGGAGCCUUCAAAAGACUUUGAUGGAAAGAAGUCUGAAAAUAAUCUGCUGUUUAGACCAGUAAACCAAUGUGAGGAGUUAUCUCUGCAGAGCAACCCCCAAUUCCUGGAAGAUGAUGAUGCUUGGAUGAGGGAGGAUGCAAUCUCCUUAGAGGAUGAAGAUGAGGAGAAACCAGAAGUUUUGCCAUUUGGUCUCAACCAGUCUUGGCCCAGGGUAUCUCGUCCAUCUACUAGACGUGACACUGUUCCCAGAGUGCAUCCGAAGAAGAAGCUUCUGAGACAGAUCAGCCGAGAGUCUCUAGAUGAGUCUACAAAUCUUCUUCUGGGGCACAUCGUGAUGCUUCCAGAGCCGCCCCAUGAUCUCAUCUCGGAACCAAGUUUACCUACAUUUGCUAAACAUCCCUUGGUUGAAGAAGAGGAUGAACAACUCCAGGUAGAGAUGGAGAAAAAAUUGAACAUUUGUGAAGAGAGGAGGAAUCCAGAUGUGCAGAAGAAAGAGGAGGAUUCUUUCCUGGCAUUAAAUGUCCAAGUAUUAGGUGACCGAAUUUCAGGGAAACAUAUGGAAGAGCAGAAACUAAUUCUUCCUGAUCUGGAUUCAAUUGAAAAGGACUGUUGUAAUAGUAAUGACAACCAACUGCAAAUUCCUACAGCUUCUGUUCAGUGUAAAUCAGGAAAAGAUAAUGUGGAAGACAACUGUGAAGAGAAGAUAAUGAGAGAAUCUAAUGAAGCUCCAACAGAUUGUGAAAUCAAGGAACCUAACGCUGAUGGUUUGAAUCAGUCAUUGCAAAACCUUAAACUUGAUUCUGGUUUACAGGUAACAUCAUCAGAUGAAGGAUUGGAAACCGAGAGUGGAAUUGAAAACGAAACAAAAGAAGUGUCCAGUGAUUUGAAAUUGAGUGCUUCCCACAUAGACACUAAAGUUGAUUUGAAUCAAGAUGUGCCAAAAGAUUACCUUGAGAAAUAUAGAGAAAUUGAUGUAUCACUAGAUGUCAGCACAAAUCCUGAAAGAUCAGUUAGAAAGAAAUCUUCUCCAGGAGAGAGAAAACGACCUCCACUUCUGCGAUAUCUUAGUCAGGAAUCUAUUGAAGAAUCAACCAAUCUCCUGAUGGACCAUGUUGUUAUGAUGGACUUGCAACAAAAGCCAAACCAAAGGAGCCCUGAAGGGAGAGACUUAACAUGCCCAUUCCUAGUGGACAUCAAGGAGUCACCUCUCUUAGAUGAAGAUGCCAGUAGGAGAACAGAGAAUGAGAAAGAUGAAAUGUUUCUGUAUCAAGGAGAAGUUGAUAGUUGUGAUGAGGAGGAGGAGGAGGAUGUUGGGCAUGAAGAUGACAGAGAAGAGACUUCAAAGCAUGAUUAUCUGCAUACCAUAGCUGAUAUGAAUUCAAUGUCAUUUAUUUCUGAUGAGGCUGCAAGUACGCUCCAGGACAUUGAGCUGAUACGGGUAGAGCUGGACAAUGCAAUACAUACAUUUCAGGGUCUCAUAGAAGAAUUUCCAGAAAGGACAGAUGAAAGUCUACUCCCAAAAGCUGAUGAUGUAUUUCUUGAAGACAUUGACGAUGAAGAGGCUGGUGAUGUUUCAGGAGAUGAGGAUGGUAGUGUAUUCCGUGUUCUUCCAGAUGAACUCCUCAUUCAUAUCUUCAAACAUUUCUCUCAUGAUGAACUCUGUGACCCUAUCAUGCUUGUAUGCAAGAAAUGGAACAGCCUUGCCAAAGAUCCAUUGCUAUGGCAAUACCUAGACCUGUCCAACAAAGCCGGGAUACCAUCGGAUGUGCUAGGGAGCGUCUUCCAGAGGUGCAAUCUACUCUGUGGUAUAACAUUCCGUGGACGCGAUGAGGUCAGUGCUUCUGAAAUCCAGGCCAUCAUUGACCACUGUCCGAACGUGCCAAGUCUUGAAUUUGGCUUUGUCCGCACCAUGCAAGAUGACCAAUUCAGCCUGUUGAUUGGCAGCUGCAGGUCGUUGACCUCUCUGAACAUGGAAGGGUGUGAUGGAAUCACUGAUAGCCUCAUCUCCAGGCUGAUUCUCCUACCGAAGCUACGAUGUCUCAAUCUCUCUCAUUGUACCAAGCUGACCGAUGGGGCCGUGUUUGAGAUUGCAAGAUUCUGUGAUCAUCUUGAAGAGCUGGACAUCGAUGGCAUUCCUUGGAUCACUGAUAUUGCUGUAACGAUGCUAUGUGAUGAGAGGCAAGCCAAGUUAAGAUGUCUGAGACUAGAUGGAGCAGAGUUGACUGAUAUAUCCAUCCACCAUGCUGUACAGUGCCCUAACCUGGAGGAACUAAGCAGCUCAUUCUGUGAGCAGCUCACAGACCACUCACUCACCAUGUUAAAGAAGUGGAAGAAACCAGUACGUCUACGUCUUCAGAAGGGCAAGGAGUUUUCAGAGGAAGCCUUAGCCAAUCUCUUCAUCUCCCCUCAGAUGUCUAACUUGACCUACCUUGACCUUUCAGAGUGUUCUGAGCUGAGAGAUCCAGGUCUUAUCAACAUUGCCACAAGGUGCCCUCUUCUCACCCAUCUUGCUAUUGAAUGGUGCUGGUUUAUUUCUGAUGUUGGUUUGGUGCAAGUACUAGAUAACUGCAGUCUUUUAAAGCAUCUCGAUCUGAUAGGUCUUCAUGCUAUUCUUGGUCACUGCCUAGCGGACGUCCCAACCAAGUUACCCCAACUAGACUUCCUUGAUCUCAGACAGUGCAAUAGGAUCACAGAUGCAAUGCUGGUGCAGAUCGUUUCUAUGAAACACAACCUUGUCAUCAUGAAUUACUAUGGUGAAGAAGUAGUUCAUGGUAACCUUCCGGGUACACUUGAUCUAUGAGAACAACAAAUCCUUGGAUACACCACUUGUAAGCAUUCUGGAAGAUGCGUAACCAUGGUGAUGCUUUGAGAUCCUGUCUCCAUUCUGCUGGCAUCCAUGGCCAUUGCCAGGUCAGUGUGCAGCGUUCAGGAUGAGGCAUGAUGGCCAGAUGACGUCCAUCCGAUGAGCAGAGAGCAGCGAUCCCGUCAGGAGAACCGUUGGGAUUCAGAGGGUACUGGGUGGUUGGGGCGCCCUCAUCGUUGACGUAGCGUACAGGUGCGAGAUCGUUGGACAGGACGGAGGUGUGGAUUGACUUGUUGGCAAACUUCAUCUUCCCUGUAUUGGAGAAAGCAGGAAGUUAUCAAUCGAUCAUCAUCCACAAUCUUCAGAAACAUCAGAAUGUUGAAUGAUAUGGAACAUUUUUGACUGGAUUCUUAUGAAAAUUAAUUUAUUUUGGCAAUUAAAUGCAAAUUCAUGGCAAUGGAGGAUCAUCCAGUAUAUAUAUGCAAACAUUGAAUGUAUCCAUUUUUGUUUUUCUGUUUUCAGCAUCAUUUACUAUCUAUAUUGCAAUGUUCAGAUUCCAUUCAAACAUAUAUAGAAAUCUCAAUCAUGAAAAGCAAUUAAAUCAGAAUGAGGCCAAUCCUAGCUGUAGUUGUGUAAAUUCUUGUUUAAAGGCAUUGAUCUCAUUGUGUCAAAAUAUGUCUGUAUUAAGAAUGAAUAAAUUAUCAUUUUCUCUUACAAACAAACAAUAAGAAAAUUUCAAAUCUGCAGAGCCCUUUAAAACCGAAAAAUAAUGUCAAUUUUGCUUGAAAUUUCAAGACCACUCAUAUUCUGUAAAAUUAAAUGACUUUGAAACAAUACAAAGCAUGAUCAAUUUAUAUUUCUCAUAGAUUUCUCUAAUACAUACCUUCUCCAUGAGCCACCCAGAUGCCUAGGGUAGAAUCCUGCAUGCCUUGUAGCAUGAUGGCUGGACUCUCUUGAAUCUUAACUGUCACAAACCUAGACUCGUAGCGCUCAGAAUCAUUGUGAUCUAGCAGCACUCCUUGCUUACAGGCAGCUGAAAUUACACAGUACAAAAAAAAUGGUUCAGAGACAUCUUAUUUGUACGUAGACUGGAUUUGGUUGAUGAAUUUCAAGUUGUUAAAUAAAAUAGUACAAACAAGAUUUUUCAGAACAUUUUUUGCAGUGUUUCUAUUCUCUGACAUACUCAUGACAGGGUUAUUUUAAACUCUCAUAUAGUUCCUGAAUUAUCAAUGAACUUCAUUUCUUGAUGGAUAAUAAACGAAAUGACAAACAACUCAAAAAAUAAUACCUCCUUCAUUCAAAGGCUGAAUUAGUGAUAUGGGUAUUUCCAAAGAUUAUUUUUAUGCAAACAAAUUAUUUCAAAGUAAAGUGUAAAGUAUAUAUAUAAAUUUUGUGUGUGCAAUGGUGACAAGGAGAUCUUUCUUUUCUUUUCAUAUUUAUCUGAAAAGCAAGUCUUUAAACAUAUUUUUGUUUGUGGAAUAAUGAAGUAUUUAUUUGUACAAUCUCAAUGUUCUCAUGACCUUUAUCAUCUGGUAUCAUUCACAAAAAGAAGUUCUGAUCUCCCCCUCUAUGAAUGACGGAAAUGGAAAUAAUUAUUAAAACAAGUACAUUUCAUCAAUUAUGAAAAUUGAUUUUGUACACAUACUAUGAUUUAGUUCUACACAAAAUCUUGAAUUAUGUGUGUGAUGUUAUUUUCUUAGAAAUAAAUUAUUCAUUUAUUGAAGAAAAAAAAAA